ACACGAGAGCUUCUCAGAGAAAUCUAUAAAAGGGACCCCUCAUCCCUCAAUGAUUGACAGCAUUGCAGCCUAAAAUGGAGAUAAUCCAAGACUGAGAACCCUCGCCGGGGUGCUUCAAAAAACUAUUGAUAUGGACCCGGAGAAGGCACCCGCAAUGAUCGAAAUGCUGAAAACAUAUUUGGCGACAUUUGACAAUAUCGGGGGCGACUUCACACGAAUGGAGGAGUACAUGCCCCAUCGCAUUGCGAAUUGUGGCUACUGGAUGUCCUCGUACUUCAUCCGCUGGGGAAUGGGAAUGGCUCUCAGUGACGAAGACUACGCUAGUAUCGAGCAAUAUGAUAUUGCCAUGGGGAAUGUACUCGGUCUGACCAAUGACUACUUCAGUUGGAAUGUCGAGAGGGACCAUCCCACUGAUCGGAUGAAAAAUGGUGUGAUGGUUCUGAUGAAGGAGCAUAAUGUUACCGCAGAUGCAGCAAGGAUGAUGCUUUUCGGGAUCAUCGUUGACGAGGAGUCGAGAGCUGCAAAGCUCAAGGAGGAGAGAUUAAAGAGGCCGGUCUCGCAGGAGAUCGUGCAGUACUUUGAGGCCAUUGAAUUGUAUGUUGGUGGUAGCUGUUACUGGCAUUCCACCGCGCCUCGGUAUCAGGUUUUUGAGUAGGUGUGGAUGAACGCCGGCUGGCAUUGGUCUGGUCGUUAUUGAUAUUAUUUCUGGGAGUACCUGAAAACUUAGAUAUAGAUCUAUGUUUGGCUUCCAGGGAGCAGUCCCUUAUCAUCACACUUGUGCUCUAGCUGAGUUAUGUGACUUUGAGAUGCUAGCGUGGACCAGAUGACCCGUGGUCACCCUUUUUUCUUCUAUUGUCUCGAGGGAUGAUGGCAGUAGUCAGGUGUA